UCAUAUGAUUAUUUUAUUUAUCAAUCCAAAUGAUCAAAAUUAAAUUUAAAAAGUACACGAUUACGAUUCGUAAGAGACUGUAUUUUCGAUAUAGCAAAUAUAAUGUUACAAAUAUGAUACACAGAUGACUCCACCAAUUUUGGUUAUUCAAGGCGCGGCGCACAGUGUGCUUUUGCAUUCGCAUGUAUCACCGUCCAAGCUAUUCGAUCGAAAAAUGUGUCUUCCGCUAUAUUUAAGUGCGAUUACACGCACUGUUUUUACAAGCUUUCGCCUAUAGGAAGUACAAGGUUAACUGUUGAAUCGCGUAAGCGUAAUUCGGACCGGUAAUUGGAAAAUUCCAUGGACUCGUGGGUCAACUAAACGGAAACCGCAUCGUUAAUUCUCUGGCCACAGAUGGUCAUCGUGGCGAACUCAUCCGAUUUCCAUUGAUUGUAUUUAUAGUGUCCUCCAGUUUAUUUUUGCAUGCGGUUCCUUUGAGAAAAAGAUGCGCCUAUCCGCUGGCUGACAGCUUUUCUCGCAUUGUAAGUCCCUUUAAUCAUAGGAUUAUAAAAUUAGGAAAAUUUUUGAAAAAAGAAAUCAAAAGAAAAAGAAAGAAGAAAAAGAUGAUUGACGACUAUAGUAAGGUCUUAUUUGCAUGUGUUUGGUCUGACGUGAUGUGUGGGUGUGCAAGUCUAUUUAAUACAUUUCGUUUAACGUGCAAUUCGAUUGCUAGCCUCUUUAUUUCGUUUGUAUUAUAAAUUCAUAAUCGUGUAUGUCGUUCAUGUCGUCGUUGUCAAUUAUACCGACAAAUGCGAAUUUUUAUAAGGGAUUCGUUAGACGCGUUAUGAUACAACAAAAAUGAAUCGAAUAAAUACAUAAUUAGACUGUGCCAUGAAGAUGUUAUUCUUAGCAUGAAAACGUAACGUUAGAACUACGAAAGACCAUUUUUACCUGUGCUAGAUUCUUUUUUAUAUUUCUAUUUCAAAUAUAUCUUUAUAUGUUAUCCAUGUCAACCUAUAACUUUUAAAAAACUCUACCAUAUUGUCCCUAUGUCCUUUAGUAUGGUGGUUUCUCUUCUUAUACGGUGAAGGAGCCGGAUCUGCCUAGCUCAAGUCCUGGAUACAAGCAAAAUAUAAAUAUUAUAACAUUGAAUACAAAAUGGAAUCUGCUAUAGCUGGACGUAGGCGGACAACCGCAAGACAUUCAGCAGAAGAUCAAGCUCUUGAUCAGAUAGCUAAAGAGGCAGAAGCUAGAUUAGCUGCUAGAAGACAGGCAAGAGCAGAAGCUAGAGAAAUACGAAUGCGAGAAUUAGAAAGACAACAGAAAGAGGCAGAGGAGAAUGCAGAUAGAGUAUAUGAUAUGUGUUCAGCUGAUGUGAAUAGAACAAUGAGAGUAACUCCUGAUUCUGUAAGAACGUCACGACUUCUUACGAAUUCUAAUAAUUUUCAAUCCAGUCGUAGAUCUUCCGAAGAUUCACUGGAAGAUGCUGGCCUAAGCAGAGAUCUUAGGUUAGAAUUAAAAGAAUUUGAAGAAAAAUUUAGAAAAGCAAUGAUAGCUAAUGCUCAGUUAGACAAUGAAAAAUCUUCAUAUGCUUAUCAAGUCGAUCUGUUGAAAGAUAAAUUGGAGGAAUUGGAAGAAACAGUUGCACAACUUCGUAGGGAGCUUAGAGAAAAGAAUCGGGAAUCCGAACAAUUGAAAAGACUUAGUCAAACAUUGAAAGAUGAAUUAGAUGUAUGCCAUGCACAACUAGUAGAAAGAGAUACGCUUAUACAAGAAAAUGGUCUAGUUAUUAUUGAUGAUGAAGGAAGUGAAAAUGAAGAUAAUGAUAUAGAGAAUGGCUCACGUCCUAGACGAAGAGUACUAGUCAGUACAGAAGCAGCAGAGUUAUUGCAAAAUGCUGGAAAAGGUUCAUUAGAUGUCCGACUGAGAAAAUUUGCUUCCGAAAAAAAAGAAUUGCAAGACGAGAUACGACAUCUAAGAUUGGAGUUAGAAGAAACAAGAAAUCGUAUUAGGUCCGAAAGAUCGCCUGGUUCAGUAUUAGGCUGUUUAUCAGAUUCUGAAGAUGUGCAACGAGAAGCAAACAAGCUUUUAGCAGAUUAUAAAUUUAAACUCCAAAAAGCUGAACAAGAUAUGUCUACUUUACAAGCUACUGUAGCCAGGCUAGAAAGUCAAGUAAUACGUUAUAAGUCGGCAGCAGAAGCAUCUGAAAAAGCAGAAGAUGAAUUAAAAGUUGAAAAGAGAAAAUUACAAAGAGAAGUUAGAGAGACUCAAGGGCGUGUAGAAGAAUUGGAAACGGCAAAUUCUCAUUUACAAAGGCGAUUAGACAAACUUAAAAAUGCAAAAUCUGCUCUGUUAAAAGAACUUUGACGAGACGAUUUCUUGGGAUCUGUACAAUGAGUCUGCCAUUUCGAUUCACUGAGAACCGUGUGCCUCAUAACACGAGAUACUACUUAACGCAUUGCAUAAUUUAUGCGAACGGAACACGUACAUAUAGUGAUCGUUACGCGGAUUUUAUGAUUUUAAUUGAUUUUUAUUUGUACAAUAUUGCAUACAAGUAUGACAUUCCAAAAUGGCCACUAUUGUACAAUGGUUUUUUGGAAUUUUAUACUUGAAUUAAUUAUAUACUAAACUGCUGUGAAAAGAAAUCGCUGUUUUAUAUUCAACACAUUCUUUUCUUUCAUUAAUUUUUUUCUUUUUUUUUCUUUUUUGGUACUAACAUUAUCUUGCAAAUUUUAAAGAAAAAAAAGGAAAAGGAAAAAAGAAAAAGAAAUAACAGCCUUUUCGAUGCAUUUGAAACACCGAAUAUUUUUUUCGUGAAUUUUAUAACAGUUAUGGAGUCGAUUCGUAAUAUAUUAUUUGAAGGGAAAAAUAUUCUGACUCGUGUAUUAUAAAUGGAAUUCAAUAUUCUUUUUGCCUUUAUUUUUUGAGGCACAAUCUUUUAUGUUACUUCAGUUUUUGCUCAUUAGAGCAACAUUGAUAAUAAUUAAAAAUGAUUAAUCAUAUUACAAUUCUUCACUAGUUUAUGAUAUACGGGUCAAGACAUUGCGUACGUCGAUGAGUGUAAUUUUUGUGUUACAUCGAAUAAUUUAUAAAUGAUAUUUCUAAAGAUACAAAAUAUUUAUAACUCCUACGAGAAACGUGUUAUAGUUAAAGCUAGCAUUUCGAAUGGAAGCAACCAGUCUACAAUAUUCAUUUUCUACUGUGACCGUUUACUAUUAUAUAAAUGUUUUUAAUUUUUUAUAUCAUACUUAUAACUGAAAAAAAAAUAUUAGAAUUUAUAUACCUAAUAGGAUGAUAAAGAUAAAACUAUUUCAUUGGCACAUUACACUGAUAAAAAAAAAAUAUUGCUGCUAAUUAUAUUGCCUGAUUCAAUGAUGGUAUUCAAUUUUUUAAUCAUAGCAUUUUUAAUCAAUUGAAUUGUCUCCAAAACUGAUAUUUUUUACUCCUCGGACUGAUGUGAAAUAAAAGAAAGUAGAUGUAUGAUAGUGUGGUCUUUGUACAUUCGAAAUAAAUUAAACUAUGUUGUUGAAGCUA